AUGUCAUCCGCAGAUACUCAUGAAAAUGGCCAAGUCGUGGUCGUCGGAUCGGCCAAUCAAGAUUUGAUUUCCUACACAUCGGCUGUCCCCGUCAUUGGACAAACCGUCAUGGGCAAGACCUUUGAAACCACCUGUGGGGGCAAGGGAGCAAAUCAGGCCGUGGCUGCUGCCAGUCUCGGAAUGGUACCCGUCUCCAUGGUGUGCCGUGUCGCGGAGGAUGUCUUUGGUCAAUCGCUAUUGAACAAUUUUCGCAACUCGGGUGUCAUUUUUGAUGAAGAAUCGACCGUCCUCAAAGAGCAAGGAUCAUCGGGAGUGGCAGCCAUUACGGUCGAUACCAAGAGUGGAGACAAUAUGAUUAUCGUCACCCCCGGGACCAACUUUUUAUUAUCUGCUGCUGAUGUUCGAAGGGAACUCGAAAACCAAUCCACCAAACCAGCCGUUGUACUGGUGCAAUUGGAAAUUGUCCCCGAGGCGGCCUUGGAGGCACUCAAAGUGGGACGCGAACUAGGUGCCAUUACCAUUCUAAAUACUGCGCCAGCCCCGGAAGAUUACUCUCUCGAUGACUUUUUGCCCUACAUUGAUAUUCUCAUCCCAAAUGAGACGGAAUUGCAAGCAAUUACCGGAGGCACUCCAGAGGAUGAUGAAGAGAAACUGGCUCGUAUGUUGCUGGAGAAGGGAGUCAAGAAGGUCUUAGUGACACUAGGUGCAAGAGGUGCCAUGAUUGUCGAAAAGACCGACGAGGACGAAGUCAAAGUGACCAAAGUAGAAGCACCGGACGAUUUGCCUUGCAAAAAUGAUCCGGUCGAAGAUACCAUUGGAGCCGGAGAUGCCUUCUGCGGGGCCCUAUCAACCUACUUGACGGCGGGGUUACCACUGUCCGAUGCUGCCAAUAGGGCAUGCGGUGUGGCCAGCAUGUCGGUACGAAAGCGAGGUGCCCAAACGUCCUACCCAACUCCCGAUAUUCUGCCCGAAUGUUUGCAGCUUCCCAGCAACUUGGCAAAGUCAACAACCACAAGCAGCAAAAAACAAAUCACCUUUGUGACUGGAAACAAGAAGAAAUUGGAAGAAGUAGAACAGUUGCUGCUCCCGGAUGCGGAUUCCAUUCCAUUUACCUUGACAAAUCGCAAAGUGGACCUUCCAGAACUUCAGGGAAACGACCCAGCAGAAAUUGCCAAGGAAAAGUGUCGUCUGGCGGCACAGUCGGUCAAUGGACCCGUCUUGACAGAAGACACUUCCCUCUGCUUCAAUGCCUUGAAUGGGUUGCCGGGUCCAUACAUCAAGUGGUUCCUGGAAAAAUGCGGCCAUGCUGGCCUGAACAAUAUGCUGGAUGGAUUUGAAGACAAGUCAGCUUAUGCGCAGACGGUGGCGGCUUUUACCAUGGGGCCAGGCGAGGAAAUUCAUGUGUUCGAUGGAAGAACCGAUGGAAAAAUCGUUUCAGCCCGAGGCAAGCUCGACUUUGGGUGGGACCCAAUCUUUGAACCCCACGAGGGAGGCGGCAAGACAUACGCCGAGAUGGAGAACGAGGAGAAGAAUGCAAUCAGCCAUCGAGGCCGUAGCUUUGCGAAACUGAAGGGAUACUUGUCAUCCUUGUAA